UUUUAACAUUCUCGUUUCCAAAAGAGACGGUUAACCUUGGACUAAAGAUACAUUGACUCGCACCCAACAAAAAGUAUCCGGCGGUUAUUGACUUAAAUGUUUAAGUUUAAAUACGGCGGCAUAACACGAUAGAUUCAAAAAUAUUCAUAUUUAUAAUUCCUGUUCAAUAAAAGUAUUCAAUUUUUUUUUAAAUAGAAACAAAAAGAGCAUAAGCCAAUCUUAAUGUUUUAAUAAACAUAUUUUAACAAACAUUUUUUAACAACUUAUACAAACUGAAGAAUGUUCUAAGUUGCUAAAAACUAAAUGCGAUACCAAAAAUUGGACAAAGUGGAGAGAAAAAUGUGGGAAAAUGGAUCAAGGGGCCAAAAGCGGUUGAGGUUGCAACUAAAAACGCGCUAACAUGAGAGAGAUAGAGAAAGAGAGAGAAACUAGAAAAAGUUUCUGGACAACAUAUCCAGCCGGGCAAAGUAAGUAUGCUUGAUACAAAAAAUCACUACCUUUGAAGUUUAGUAACAGUUGUCAAAUCAGGGAAUGCUUAGAUGGUUUGGUCAUGGGGAGAAGAUGAACAAAAGCAAGUUGACUAAGCAAAUAUACAAGAAGAGUGAAUGAAUGGAAACUUUGGAUUGGGAAGGCCUAGACGAACAGGCCUUGAUCAAAUCGGGGACGUUCUGGCAAUAAUAGUUCAGGUCAAGAGUACGACGAGAUUGCAAGUCUGAAGAAGCGAAAGAAGUAGGUACCUGUGCAGGAUCGUGGCAAGUGAAAAGAUGUAUUUCUCUGCCUACUCCUCCGAGAAAGAGAAGUGAUUUUAUGUAUCAAAAAAGGUCAGUAACAUCUCAAUCAGCUUGAACUUAAAUCUAAAAUACUGGCUACACGAAACAAAACAUUACAAAUGAUUUGACAGAAUAACAACCAUCAUCGAGCAUUUCACUUCACAGAUGUCAUGCGGCUCAUCACCGCUGGCGAGUUCCUUUGGGAUUUAACACCAAUGUAGACCAGAUUCCCACAUUUCUCCGGGCCAUAUGACAAUUGUGAAAAUGUCUUAAAAAAACACAUUCAGCACUUUUCAAGAACCAGACAACCAUCAACCUUCAAAUAUGGCAUGUUGUAGCAGUGGUGGAAAAGCAAAUAAGUCAUCAUCGAGCUGUCUAGGCCGUUGCGACCUCCCCAGGCACAGAUGUUUGUACAAGUCCGACGUGAAACCGGGCCCAGUACCCAAACACAUGGGAUGGCAUUACACAGCCAAAGACGCUCCGGAACAUCAGUUGAGAUGUGGUUGGCGGCCUGGUCACAUCUCUUGUCCAGUCCUCAGACGGAUAGAACAGCAUAACUGUAUGAAAGCCGGUGAAUGCGGCCCAUGCUCUUCAACCUGCUCUCGACCACCAUGCUCGAAGCCCUGCUGUGCUCCGCCCAAAUGUGUCGCACUCUGCCCUUCAUCCCCAUCUUGUUGCAAGCCACCAGUUGUCGGACAACCUCUAAUUAGAAUCAUCAGACAUGGCGGCCAAUACAGCAUUUGCACUAAGCCCUCCAACAUGAGCAACGCUCCAUAUGGCCCCUACCCUCUCAAAUAUGUGCUGAAUACCGACGACAGCGAACCUAGUGGGAAAAGUAUAAAGUUCAGCGUGGAAGCCAAGUUCAACGACUAUCAUUUCGAUUAUACCAGUUCUCAGUCAUCAUUUGUGUUGGAUUUCUCGCCACCGGAACAGAGAUGCUUCAAACCGUGUCCGAAAAAGAGUAUGAUUUGCAUGCGCGCUGAUGUGGGACCCUGCUGGCCGCCUCUUGUUUAUAAGAAAUACGAAAUAAUGCCAUGAGAAACAUAAGUGCAGUUUCCAAUCAAGUGACCUCAGUUAAUAAAAUACUUCACCCAACCUUGACUUUAUUACUAUGAAGGACUUGUGAAAUCUUCUGUUUUUUAAAACACACAUUUAUCUUCCCUCCCU